AUGUGGCCCUUUACUCGCUGCGGCGAAGACGCCUGCGAAAUCCAACCCCGCCCUGUCACGCUCGCCUCGUCCAUCGCCGCCGUCCCGUUCCUCCUCAUCUGCAUCUCGACAUCAAUCCUCGUCGUUCGACAUGUCUUUCCCCGUCUGAGCAGCGAUGCCGAUUCUCGCGACGGCGAAGAUCACGUCCUGCCUACACAUGCACCAGCGUGUCUGCGACAAGUUCACGCUGAACAUGGUGCCAAGAGCUGGAGACGGCGCGGCGCAGCCUGGACGUUUGGUCUUACUGUGGGAUUGGCUGCUACAUUGGGCGCGCUGAUCAUGGACGAAAUCAUCGAGGUUGUCAACACCGACUCGAGAAAUUUGGCUUUGAGAGUAACGGUGCCAAGCUUGCUGUUCCUGCUGGUCGUGUUGGUGCCCUGGCUGGAGUGUCGAUCGGUUGUUUCGAGUGCUGGAUGGAGUUUUCAGAGAACCGCCAAGGGAAAGCUUCCUCGGGUCGCUUGGGGAUUACAAACUGCUCUGUUUAUGGGAUGGUUGUUCGCCUUCUGGUCCGUUGGCCAGGCUGUUCCCGAGGGCGCGAUGCGCAGGACGAGCGUUGGGAGUGGAAGCCUCUCCGAGAUGUUGACGCGCGGAUGCCUGGAACGUAUUGGUGUCGUCGGUAUCUCACUGAUGGCUUUACUGUCUGGCUUCGCUGCUGUGUCUUCACCGUGGCAGGCAUUCAUGGAUCUUACAACCCGUCGCAAACGACCCGUCACAGAUGCUGAUGUAGCGAGAAAGCAAGCUGGGCUGGAUACUGCCAACGAAAUGCUUCUUACCAAGCGUCAUCGCUUGCAGUAUCUCGAACGCAAGACAUCCGGUCCUCAGAAUGGAGCCUCUGCCAAGGGUAGUGGCCUUGUUGGCAAAGUCAUGGGUUCCCUACGUGGUCCAACUGGCGAUGAGGCAGAGAUGCGAUCGCUGCGCCUGGAAAUUGCUGGUCUCGAGACGAUGGAAGCCAACCUGGCUUCAGGAGUUUCUCUACUCAAGAAUCACCGGGCUGCUACAGUUCGCGCUUCAACAUCCAUUGGACGUAUUCUUCUCAUUCCCUCGCAGCUUUUCAGCUUGUACUGUGUGUACCGCAUUGGCGCAACUACAAUCACAACUAUUCGGCGAGCAUAUUCACCCACAUCUAGUUUCGCCAACACGGAUCCCAUCAACCGCUUUCUUAGUAUUCUUGCGCGUCAUUGGGAUCCCAAGUUGGAUCAACUAGCAUGGGCACGCCUUAUCAGCUUUGCUCUCAGCGGUGUCAUUCUCCUCGCCAGCGCCAACAGUGUGGUCCAGACGUUCCACCUGUUUGCUAAAUGGACCCCAGGCCUGCUCCGCCAGGCGCAAGCGAAUCUGGCGCUGGUCGUGGGACAGAUCGCUGCGACCUAUGUCAUCUCAGCUUCACUUCUCCUCCGCAGUCAAUUGCCAUCUGCCUUGGGCUCGGCAGUCGGAAGUGUGUUGCGAGGUGCCUUGAGUCCCGCAUUUGUGGAUGGUUGGUUUGAGGGUUGGUUCCUAGUAGGCAGCCUUAUAACAGCCAUUGGUAUAUGGAUAGGCAGAAAACUCGGAGGUGAUGACGAGUGGGAUGAGUACGGCAUGGAAGAGAUGGGCGCCAAAAUGUCGUAG